AUGUCGACCGCCGGAAGGUGGUCUGCAGCGGCCGGGGUUCCACGACCUCCACGACAACGCGUAACCCCCGAGAUCACGGAGAAACGCCUUUUGCUGCAGUACAACCACACCAACCGUUCAAACCACACAUUGCGUACCAUAUUACCGUCCCGGGUAGUGUGCGGCCGCGGGGGCUCCGCGAUGACGUGGUACGUGGACAUGGUGGUGGGUCUUGAGGUGGACGACGACCACGGAAAACCCGUCGCCAACCAGCAGCAGGAGUUCUUUGCUAUUGAUCGAGACGCCCUACCCAGCCUGCAGAGUUUCAUCGAAGAUGCCAUCGUGGCACCUCGGCAACGCGAGGCCAAGAGGAAAGCAAAGGACGCCGCACCCGCCGAGUAG